AUGCGCACUUUACGCUCUCAUCUCCAGUCUUUUGGUGCACAACUUGACGAGUUUGAUGAACUAGAAGAACUCGACGCUACCAGCUCUCCUGUUCGCCCCUCCUCCGACAUACAGUCCUCACCUGUCCUUCCACCCAUCACCGGACUUCCUCACAACAUCCCGUUCUCACAGCUUGAUACAUUCCUACUUGACGAUGAUCCAAGUGAUAGGACUUAUCCUCAAGUGGCCCGUGCCACACCGCUCUCAGAUGAAGAAAAGGUCUUGCUCAUCCUACGGUACAUAAAGGGGCUCCCCGGAAAGCUCUCACUUCGGUCAUUCCUUGUUGCUCUCUUCAUGUCUAACCUUCCGGAGAUCAAAAAUAUCACAUCCAUGUUUAUGGAGAAUGAUAUUGGGCCGCUGGACUUGGUAGAGAUUUGGUUUGCAGGAGCUGGUCGGCGGGAGUAUUCCAGGCCUUUCGCCGAGUGGGUACUCGAGAAAGUCGCAAAGCUCUGUGCCCUAGAGAUGAGCUGGUUGACAAACAGGGCGAGUGACGGACCUCAUUUUGAGGAAGCAAAACGUCUACGCAUAACACCGCAAAAAGUCACUGUAGCGCUUGUCAAUGGAUUUGACAUCGACAUUCUCGGAGAUACAUACCAUGCACUUUUACCGUGCUUGCAGAGAUUUUUGAAGACAUUGAUUGGCAAGGAGAAGGCUGGGGAGCACCCGCUAUCCCGUCAUCCUCUUGUAGGACAGACUUUCAUCACCUCGCAGUUGUUGCACCUACGCAGCCGCGAAACAAACUACCACCCCCUUAUGAACAGUCUCAUAUUUUGGCUCAACCGCAUCCCAAAGCGACUAUCAAUCAUGUUUAAUCAAAUUGGUCUCUGCGUUUCACCAUCAUCCGAGGGCGAAACUGUAACUGCGGUCAGUGGUGACUCAGUGAAUAUUGCUCGGACCGCGGCGAACGAUGACAAGAAACCAAAACAACUGAAUUACGACAACUACAACUGGCGCGAACGAGCAUGGCAAACCUCUGUCGUGCACGGUAUCAUCCAGCAUGACGAGGUCUCCGCCAUCCUUGCAUGUCCAUGGCGAUCACCCAGUUCCCCUCCGGUCUCGUACACCACAAACGUACAACGUCUCGAGGCUGCUGCAGGCGAACGUCACCGGAUCCCACGUCAAAAAGGGCUGCACGAUAUCACUCCCUCCCUCGAAGAACAGGCAGCCUUUCGUGACGACAUUACCCUUCACAUUCAAUACAUCCUCACCGAGGAAAUUUCCUCAUGGUCUCAUUUUCGCCGACUUCUUCCCAAACUUGAGGACCCGAACACGCUACCACCACACAAGACUGAGCGCUACUUUCUACCGACCUUCAACCAGGAGCAGGGUUCAGUUCGGGGCAACAUGGUCGUGCUCGCACACUACUUUAUCAAGGUCCUGAGGAUUGCGAAGACAUUCUUCGAGACCAACGUCGUUUCGGCACUAGGUGAUCGUCUCACCACGGCCCGUGUUCGUUCUGCACAAGACCAACUCCUCGUUGAUCGAUCCGAACACCGUGUCGACCGAUUGGCCAGUACACCGCUAUCCAGCGGUGUCUUUCACGUCAUCUAUAACCAGAUCCACAAUAUCGGCAAGAAUGCGUGGGGUAGUGGCGCCAAAGACGCUGUCAGCCUUUCGACUCUCCGCGAUCAGCUUCCCAACCGUGCUGAGAUUAACCUCACCAAGGUCGAUCAUUACGCCUGGCUACGGUUCACGGAUGUCAUUCUGCGUUCUCUGACUCUGACGGCCGCCGCAUCAGAGAUGUCACUAUCAUCGUCAGCCUCUCUUCCCACACACCCUCCCACAGACCUCAGCACUCUCACAUCAUUAGCAAAGCGCAUCUCCGACAAGAUCCUUUCUGCUCCUGAUGAUCUGGAAGCGAGGGGAAUCAAGAAAACACCAGGCCAUACCGUCUCCGGCCAUGCCCAAUUACUCUUCCGCGAUCUGAUGAGCAUUCGAAAUAUGCGCUAUGCAGUCAAGCACGGGCAACUUCAGAGGAUGGAACGUAUGUUCAAGUACUGGUUGCCAGUGUUUUAUGCCGGUGGAAGCUCCAACUAUGCAAACGAAAUGAUGGAGCUUCUUCACAACCUUGAACAUGACUGGCCAAAGGAUUUUGCCCAGUUACAGCUCGCUGGUAUGCUCGUCAAUACGACGGGCGAAGAAGACGGGUUUCUAGAGGCUGAUCUCGAUGUCGAGCACCUGAACGGCGAUAUCAAGGACCGCGCUCACGGCCCCAACGCAACCUCCAAACUCCUCGAAAAGAUCACGCCCGCCAUUGGUCCCUGCAAGGAGCUCACUGCGCGAACAUUCAAGGCGAUGGGUGUGCAGCGAAUCAACGAGCACCAUGCAUCCGUAAAGCAACACAAGGACAUCGAAAUCCUUACCAGGUACAUGGAUACAAAGCAGGUCUUUCGCUUUGAUGCUGAUACUCCCUCGGAACACGCUGUCGUCGAUCUCUUCCGGCACGGUCUUCGCCAGUUGAGCGGUCGAGAGGGAGGCCAUGCAAAGCACCUUGAACGUCAUAUCCUUCGGUUUAGAACACGGCACGGGGAGAACAUAUUCAAUGAACUCACCAGGGUGGAGAAGGAAAGGGAACAGCAGUUGUAUCAGGAAUUGGAGCAGGGAAUAGAUCGUGCGGAAGUAGAUUUCGAUGUCCGUGAUGUUGGGCAAGCGAUCAUUGAAUUUGUUGAAGGGGAUUCUGGAGGAAACGGCGAGGAUGUAGAUUUGUAA